AUAAGAAUUAUAUUCUCUUCAGAUGAUAAGCCGUCUCCAUGCGCUGCCCGCAGAAAAGAUGACGCUUGGAAUUACGAAAGAAUGGUAUCGGAGCUACGAACACCCGACCAAGGGGCUCGAUUUGCAGAAAAGCAUGGUUUAAUACCUAAAACCAUGGUCUGUCCUAUACAUAAAACGCUUAUGAAUAGGUCAAAAGGCGGGAAAUUUGGUUUUUUCGUAUGCCGUAGAGGAACCUGCAUGUCGAGGCCCCGAGUUUCUGUUGCGGCUGGGACGUGGUUCGAGCAAACUAGAAUUAGUGUACCGCAUAUUUUUUAUCUCAUGUACUGCUUCGUUGAAAAUUUAACCAAGGAAACAGUCCAACGUAAGGACUUUUGCGAGGAGGGGAAAACUCUGUCAUCUAGUACUAUCACCGACUGGUAUAACUAUUGCCGCGAGGCGGUGAUAAUAUACCAGUUGGACCACCAAGAUGCGUCUGGAGAAAUUGGUGGUCCAGGCCGGAUAGUGCAGAUUAACAAGAGAAAAUUCGGUAAAAGAAAAUUAAAUGAUGGCGACCAGGGGGAGGAUCACUGGUUGCUGGGCAUGAUUGAGGAUGAAAGCGAGGACCUACGGCUGGAGGUAUGCCCAGACAAUGUGCGGUCAGCGAAAGUCCUCAUUCCGCUUAUUAAAAAGCAUGUCGCCGAGGGUACCACCAUACGAACGGAUUGCUUGGGUGCAUUUGAGGGCCUUUCUGAUUUUGGAUUCACCCACCUUUUGCUCGAUGUUGUAGAUGUAACCCGUACCCAGAGAAUUGAGUCCCAGUGGGCGGAUGUUAAGCGUUUUUUCUCCACGCGGACCAACCACACCGGUAAAUUCGCCGAUAUCCUUGUUGAAUACCUAUGGCGCAAAUCUGUUAAAAUAGCUAACAAAGAUCCAUUCUUGGCGCUUAUUGAGUGCAUAAAAUAUAUGUAUGAAACUGAAUAAAACUACAAAAAAUAUUGAAUUUGUUAAAAAUGUCUUUAGUU